AUGUCUGCCACUACCUCUGCCACUCUCACUUCCACCGCAACCACGACCUCCGCCUCGACCACGUCCUCUUGCACGCCGGUAUGGACAAUCCCUACAACUGACGCUGCCUGCGGCAUCCAUCCCUCCGGCAAUGCAUCCGAAGUCAUGACACAAUGCUGCGGUGUCGCCUCGGUUGUCUCGUACAACAACGGAUGCUCUGAGUACUGUCUCGCACAAGACCAGAAUGUUGGCGAUCUGGUCAACUGCCUCUACAAGAACGGCCUCGACUGGAACUCUGUCUACUGCAACGAUGCUUCCAACGCCACGGCCACAGCUGCGGUUUCCAGUGCCUCGAGUACUGGAACAUCAUCGGGCACCGGCACCGCCUCUUCCACUGGAUCGAGUGCUUCUAGCACAUCUUCUACUGGUGCUGCGGCGCCGAUCGCUAAGGUAUCAACUGGUGGUGUCGGUGUGCUGGCAUUGCUUUUCUGCUCGGCCUUCAUUGGAACUUUCGCCUAA